UGCUUGUUGGAAUUUGUCGUUGUGAACAGCAACAGCAUCAUCAUCAUGGAGGACAUGCUUCGCCUCUGGAUUGCCCUCGCUGGCUUCGGCGUGUAUCUUAGUCUUAGGACCGUAUAUCGCCUGUAUUUCCAUCCGCUGUCUCAUAUUCCCGGCCCUAAGCUGACAGCAUGUACGCACCUAUACGAAUUUUACCACAAUAUUAUUCGUCCGGGCAUGUUCUUGUUUGAGAUUGAGAAGAUGCACCAGCAAUACGGCCCUAUAGUGCGCAUCAACCCAAGAGAAAUUCAUAUUUGCGACCCUGAUUUUUACGAUGAAAUCUACGCGUCCAGCAGUCGAAGGCGAGAUAAGGACCCCAAAUAUGUCCCUACAUACGCCUUGCCCGGCUCCAUGGUGGCGGCCGUGAGCCAUGAGCAGCACCGCUUCAGACGAGGCAUUCUCAAGGACUUCUUUUCUCGGCGUUCUGUCGCAGAGCUGUCCGACUCCGUCAACGAGCGGGUGCAGAAGCUCAUGACGCGUUUCGAGGUGGAGCGAAUGAACCAGACUAUUGUGUCUCUUGAUGAUGCCUUCUCAGCGCUCUCCUCGGACAUCAUCACGGCAUACUGCUGUGGUAAGGACUGGGACUUUAUUGAGGAUGAGAAUUUCCGCAGCGACGUCCGCAAUGCUGCUGAGAAUGCGAUCGCAUUUACACACAUCUCACGCUUUGUCCCCUGGUUAGUCUACGCAAUGAGUGCCCUUUCUCCCAAAACCAUGGCAUUUAUCAUGCCAGGAAAAGCAAAGCUUUUCGAGUUUCUCGAGGCAUUCUUGGAGUAUGGAAAGAUGGAGUCAUACACGGGCAAGAGAAAGACAAUGGUGGCCACUUUGGCCGAUGAAAGCAUUCCUGCAAAGGAGAGAGACUACUAUCGGCUGAGAGACGAGACAUUCGGCCUCAUCGCUGCUGGGACAGAAACGACUGCGAAAGUGCUAACUGCUGCUUCCUUUUAUAUGACAAAUGAUCGUAGAGUGCGAGAGACACUGCAGGCAGAGCUGAAGCAGGUUAUGCCAACGCUGGACAGCAGGCCAACGUGGGCAGAGCUUGAAAAGUUGCCUUAUUUGAGUGCCUUUAUCAACGAAUGCUUGCGCUUGGCUUAUGGGAUAACCGCACGGCUUCCGCGAGUAGCACCAACAGAAUCUCUACAGUACAAGGAAUACACAAUUCCCCCAGGAACCCCCGUCAGCAGUUCCACAUACUUUAUCCAUAACAAUGCGUACAUCUUCCCGGAACCGGACACUUUCCGCCCCGAGAGAUGGAUUGAGGCGGCGGAGAAGGGAGAAAACCUCAAAAAAUAUCUGGUUACAUUUAACCGAGGAACCAGAGGCUGCAUUGGCAUCAAUCUUGCCCACUUGGAAUUGUUCCUCACAAUUGCCCAUUUUGCCCGUCGGUUCAACAUGGAGUUACACAACACGGAGCUGGAAGACUUUCGUAUUGUCCGGGACAUGACCAUGGGUGUGACAAGGCGAGGCGGCUUCAAGGUCUAUGCUAGAUUAUCGCGGGUUGAUGAGUAAUUAUGAUUCCCCUGACUUGGAUCUUUGCUGGGGG